GAUAGCUGCAAUUUCUUCUCUAUCUUAUCAGAUCAUCGUGAUACAAUAGCACCGCUACCGCCGUGACGAGCGCAUCUACCACUCCCCAGGGCAUCUGACACCACUGUGCUGAUCAUGCCGGUCACUAACUUCUCAACGCCGGAGAAGUACCGGUACCUCAAUGGUUUUCAGUCUUACCACGAGAGUGAAGCCAUUCCCAGCACUCUCCCCAUUGGCGCGAACUCACCCCAGAGACCCAACCACGGCCUCUACGCCGAGAAACUAUCGGGCACUUCGUUUGUCGCACCACGCAGCGAGAAUCUCCAGACCUGGCUCUACCGCAUUCUCCCAUCUGCCGCCCACCUCCCUUUUGAACAAUACCAAGAAUAUGAGGUCCCAACAAACAUCCACCAGAUCCCGGUGCAGCUGCGAUGGGACCCUUUCGACCUUGAUGAUAAAGCCGACUGGGUGCAUUCCUUGAAACAGCUCGGCGGUGUUGGGAGCCCUGCGACCAAGUCGGGCCUUGGGAUCUUCAUCUUUGCGGCUGGCACCUCCAUGCCACAGCGACAUGCUUUCUAUUCAGCCGACGGAGACUUUCUCAUUGUUCCCCAGCAGGGCGUCCUCGAUAUCCAGACCGAAUUCGGCCGCAUCCUAGCACGCCCUAACGAGAUUGUCGUCAUCCCAAGAGGGAUCAAGUACCGGGUUGACCUCCCUGCUGGCCAAGUGCGAGGGUAUAUCUUGGAGAUCUAUGACGGUCACUUCAAGCUCCCCGAGCUCGGCCCCAUCGGCUCCAAUGGCCUGGCGAAUGCGCGGGACUUCCAAGCGCCGGUCGCCGCCUUUGAUGACACCGAAGAUGGCUCCUCGAGCUGGACCAUAUUCACGAAGUACAACAAUGCCAUGUUCACAGCGGCACAAGACCACACACCCUUCGACGUCGUCGGCUGGCAUGGCCUCUAUUACCCCUACAAGUACGAUCUGGGCCGCUUCAACGCCAUCGGUAGCACCAGCUUUGACCACCCCGACCCGAGCAUCUACACGGUGCUGUGUGCACCCACCGCCGACUUUGUCAUAUUUCCGCCUCGCUGGCUUGUCCAGGAGGACACCUUCCGGCCCCCCUGGUACCACCGCAACACCAUGUCCGAGUUCAUGGGCCUCAUCAUGGGCGAGUACGAUGCCAAGUCCGGUGGAGGGUUCCAGGCCGCUGGGGCCAGCCUCCACAACGUCAUGAGCGCCCAUGGACCCGACGCCGAGACGCACGCCAUGGCCAGCGCGGCGGACUUGAAGCCUGUCAAAGUUGGUGAGGGGAGCAUGGCGUUCAUGUUUGAGAGCCCGCUCAUGAUUGGCGUGACGGACUGGGGCCUGGAAAAGUGUCGGAAGGUACAGCGGCAGUACAAUGCCGAUUCUUGGGUUCCCCUGAAGAGGCACUUCAAACGGCCGACAGAUGCUACUGGGGAAAAAUAA